AUGUCCUCACGUCCAAGUUCAGCAGUGCCUAAUUCAGCAUCACUCAGUGAGGACCAGAGCAGUGAUAGAAGUAAAUUUCCUAAGGCAGAUGACUUAAUUGAUGAAAGAGAUAGAAAACUGACCGAACUAUACUGCGUAUCCCGCUUGAACCAGCUGCUAGAGUUAACAGAUGAAAACAAACUUCGGAAGGAAAUAGAUGCAUUUUUAAAGAAAAACGAUAUACGAAGGGGUAUAAGGUUUGACGAGGCGUCACUGCCGAAGCUCCUACAUACAGCUGCGACUCCCAUAACAAAAAAGAAAUUGAAGGAUGUAAAUUUAAUAAAUGUACCUAACCAGAGGCUAUCCGAUUCUAAAAUGAGUAGGGAACUGCCAGAAAAUAGCGAAAAUGUAUCAGUCAAAUCAGAGAGUCAUUUUGUUCCAAGCCACGAUAAUUCAAUCCGUGAAAAUAUGAUGGAUUCUUUGAGGCCAGCUGAAAAGACAGGAGGUAUGUGGAACAAAAGGCCACUUGAGUCAACUAUGGGAGGUGAAGAAGAGCGACAUGAAAAAAGACAGAAGAUGCAAUCUCAGUCAUUGGAAUCUUCUAAUAAUUCGGAAAUGGCUUCAUUACCUAUUUCGCCGCGUCCCCCAGUGCCUAAUGCAUUAGCACACUACACUUAUUAUGAGAACAUCGAGUACCCACCAGCAGAUCCCACUGAGGUGCAACCUGCAGUAAAAUUCAAGGAUCCGUUGAUAAAGAACAUUAUGGCGAAAGAGAUAGAUACAUCAGACCAUUAUAACGAGAACAAUGUUGACGCAUUAGAGACCGUAUUUUUAUUAAUGAACGAUUAUAUACCAUCGAAAAUACCCCAGGCUUUGCCCUUAGCAGAAUUGAAGUACAUGUCACAAACUCUGCCUCUUAUUAAUCUAAUACCGAGAGCUCACAAGGCUUUGACCACUAAUAUUAUAAACAACGCCUUAAACGAGGCCAGAAUUACUGUUGUUGGCUCGCGAAUAGAAGAACUAAGAAGACUUGGAUUAUGGUCUUUAAGACAACCUAAAAGAUUCAUCGAUCCGUGGAAACAACACAAUACGCAUCAAAACAUACUUUUAGAAGAAGCUAAAUGGAUGCAAGCAGAUUUUAAAGAGGGCCACAAAUAUAAAGUAGCUAUCUGCACAGCAAUGGCACAGGCAAUCAAGGACUACUGGACCUAUGGGGAAAUAUGCUGUGUAAAACGUAAAACACUUCUACCUGGUAAGGAAAAUAAAUUAUCUGACGACGGGCGCAUAUCUGAAAAGUCCGGUAGACCAUCGGAUACUUCAAGAAAUGAUUCCGAUAUUAGCAUAGCCGGUAAGGAUGACAUUGGAAUUAUUGCGAACGUUGACGAUAUUACUGAAAAAGAAAGUGCUGCUGCUAACGAUAAUGAUGAGAAUGGAAAGAAUGAAGCAGGAGCUAAGAGUGAUUUUGAUUUUGCAGAUGGUUUGUUAUCUCAAGAAGGUGCCCACGAUCAAAUUAUAUCUUCUAUUGACACCAAGUUACUUCUAAAAAAGCCAUCCUCCUCAAGCGAAGUUGUUUUAAUACAACAUGAAGUAGCUGCAUCAUCAGCGUUGAUCGAAACCGAAGAAUCAAAGAAAGAGCUAGCCCCCCCAUUUAAACUUUCAAUCUUUGUUGACGAACUCAAUACUUUUGAAAAAACAUUAAUACAGGAUUUACCGCUGUAUAAUGGUAUUAAUGAAGAACGGCCAAAAAAAGAUGAUUCUUUACCAUUUAUUCCAAUUUCCAAAUCGGUAGUGUCACUGGAUGAUAAUGGAUUUUAUAAGUUACUUGAGCGUCAAUUGAUUGACGAAGAACCAUCAAUAUCACAAUUGAGCAAAAGGCGGGGUAUGUUCUAUGGUAAUAGAAGAAAUCAUUAUUUAAGACCACCAGCAGUACCUUCAUUACGCUAUCUUCAAAAUAGAACACCGACUAUAUGGCUGUCUGAGGACGAUCAGGAACUGGUCAAAAAUAUUAACACAUAUGGCUACAAUUGGGAAUUGAUUAGUGCACAUAUGACACAUCGCCUCACAUAUUCUUAUUUAUCGAAUAUUGAACGUAGAACGCCAUGGCAGUGUUUUGAGCGUUUUGUACAAUUAAAUGAACGAUUCAAUUUUAGUGACCUCAAGGGUCCCAGAGCACAUAGUGCUCAACAGUGGUUGAUUGAAGCCCAUAAAUUUCAGCAGAGACAGAAUAGAAGAAUAUCGCCUUUAGGUGUAAAUACAGAAUCCAUACAAAGAGGUCAUAGGAGACUCCGUUGGGCGAGCAUGUUUGAGGCGAUUAGAAAAUGUAUGAAAAAAAGAGAAAAUACGCCGCGUCCCAAUCCAACCCAGCCAAGGAAACCGUUAGAUUGUAAAAACAUGAAGGUCCCUACCCCAGCAGAAAUGUCGCUUUUGAAAGCCCAAAGAGAUGAGGCAUUGAGAAGGGAUAUACAAUUGAGAAGAACAGUGAAAAAUAGAUUACAACAGAGGCAACAGCAAAGUCAGCAGGCACAUUCAUCCCGAGCUCAAAGUCCAAUACCUUCAAAUGGCAAAUCUUCUUCAAAUUUGGCUAGAAAUGGGCAAGCGUCGGCUCCAAGACCAAACCAGAAACAGUAUACUGAGCAAGAUAUCAUUGAAAGUUACUCGAGGAAGUUGUUGGAGCAAAAACCAGACAUUGGUCCUGAGAUGGCCCUUAAGGCGGCAAAAAACUAUUAUAGAACCUUGAGAGAACAACAGCAACAGCUAAAGCAGCACCAGAUUCAACAGCAAAGGCAGCAGUUACAGGAGGAGUCCAGUCAUGUGCAGCAACUGCAGCAACUACAACCAGGGUCUCAAGCUCCGCCACCGAAAUCAUCUCCAUCUCAAUCUUCUCUUUCCAAUAUUUCUAACAUUAAUUCUGCUCCAAGGAUAAAGUCACCAACUCCACAGGAGAUUUUACAAAGGUUCCAAAAACAAUGA